AUGUCGCAAAAGGUCAUACCGGGACAAUAUAUAUCACUUGUCUACAAGCUAGAUGAAUCCACUAAUAAACCAAUUAAAUAUAUCCCAGGAAAAGGUACGACCAUAUCCAAUAUCGAAACACAAGGGAAAUCUAUUCCAGUCAUAGUUGCCACAAUCAUCGGGACUGUCCACAUCAGUGAUCUCAAGAAACUCCCCCAUCCAGAACCCCAAGAUGGCGAAGCCACACCCGAGAAACCCCCAAUCAAAGAAGAAGAAGAAAUCCAAACAAAAUGCAUCUCAGUAAUCAGUCCCAAUGCCACCAUCACCGAAGACCUCUCCAACCCCCAAUCAAUCUCUAUCAAUCUCCCCAAGGAAAACGACAUCGUAUUGGUGAAAGUCCUCCGUAUAUCCUCCAAACAAGUCUAUUGCGAAAUCAUCGCCGUUGAAUCCAAGGGCCCCAUUCUCGCCGACUCAGGAAUUGGAUCCACGGGAACCCUUGCGCAUCAGUCAAUCCCACCCGGAGGGAAUUCACAACAUUUAUUCAACCUUUCCACGAUCGCUUCUGCCAAUAGUGGUCCCAAUGCCCAAAUCGGCGACUUGGGGGAGAAUUUUAGGGGGGUUAUUAGGAGUCAGGAUAUAAGAGCGACAGAAAGGGAUAAAGUUAAGGUAGUUGAAUGUUUUAAGCCGGGGGAUAUUGUCCGUGCGAUGAUUAUUUCUCUUGGUGAUGGGAAUAAUUAUUAUUUGAGUACUGCAAGGAAUGAUUUAGGGGUUGUUUUUGCGAAGAGUUGUGGAGGGGCUGGGGGGUUGAUGUAUCCUGUUGAUUGGAUGCAUAUGAUUGAUGUGAAGACGGGGUUGGUUGAGAUGAGAAAGAAUGCUAAUCCGUUUGUAUAG